AUGACGGCAGCACUUCGACUUCUCGACUGCGUCUUCACUACGGAACGAGUGAAGGAGGUAUCCUGUAUCGGCGUAUCUACCGUCCUGCGCCUGGCUGGGGGAUUUACGGCGGAGGCAGAGGUUGGAAAAAAGGGGUUCAAGACGGGCGACGGCGAGGAGGGCGGGAGGUUGCCAGAACGAACGAAAGAAAAAAAGGACGAGAAAGCGAGAGUGAAGACGCCGCAGGAGAAGAAGAAGAGGAGGAGGAAGAGAGAGAAGAUGAAGUCGAGAAUGACGGGUCAAGACGAAGAGAUGGAGAUGAAGAUAAAAAAAGCGACUUUCAGGAGGAGGAAAAAGCAACGAAAAGGCGUUUUUUAG